AUGUUCUGCCGCCAAGGUAGUGCCACAGACGACGCUGCACAUGAAGAAGAGCGUGUCGCACCAUCAGACACGUCAGUACCUGAUGCCAGCAAAGGUUCGACUGAGCUUGCUGCGGAAGAGGAUAAUGUCGGAGAUGAUGUUCUUGACGGGUUGCCCACAGGUGAGAAUGGGCUGCAGGCACUUGCAGAUGAUGGAACUCAGGCAGUUGAUCGAGCAGGGCUAGACGCUUCACCGCGCGUGUCGGAGAACAAUCCGGCAAGGGUCUUCAGUGCUGAGGAGCCAUUCGUGCAGCAAACAGUGGCGCACAAAGAGGCGCUGAUGGACGCACAAGACGAUCCAUGGCAGGUGUUGGAAGACCAACAGGCUAUGGCGUGGGCUGCUGGAAGUGCGGAAACAAAACCAUCGUCGGAUGUGGGAGAGGAUCCAUGGCAGGUGCUGGAAGACCAGAAGGCUAUGGCGUGGGCUGCUGGAACUGCGGAAGCAGAUUCAUCGCUGGAUGUGGGAGAGGAUCCAUGGCAGGUUUUGGAAGACCAGAAGGCUAUGGCGUGGGCCGCUGGAACUGCGAAAACAGACUCAUCGCCGGAUGUGGGAGAGGAUCCAUGGCAGGUGUUGGAAGACCAACAGGCUAUGGCGUGGGCUGCUGGAAGUGCGGAAACAAAACCAUCGUCGGAUGUGGGAGAGGAUCCAUGGCAGGUGUUGGAAGACCAGAAGGCUAUGGCGUGGGCCGCUGGAACUGCGGAAGCAUAUUCAUCGCCGGAUGCAGGAGAGGAUCCAUGGCAGGUGUUGGAAGACCAGAAGGCUAUGGCGUGGGCCGCUGGAACUGCGGAAACAGACUCAUCGCCGGAUGCAGGAGGGGAUCCAUGGCAGGUGUUGGAAGACCAGAAGGCUAUGGCGUGGGCCGCUGGAACUGCGGAAACAGACUCAUCGCCGGAUGCAGGAGAGGAUCCAUGGCAGGUGCUGGAAGACCAAAAGGCUAUGGCUUGGGCUGCUGGAACUGCGGAAGCAGAUUCAUCGCCGGAUGCAGGAGAGGAUCCAUGGCAGGUGUUGGAAGACCAAAAGGCUAUGGCUUGGGCUGCUGGAACUGCGGAAGCAGAUUCAUCGCCGGAUGCAGGUGAGGAUCCAUGGCAGGUGUUGGAAGGCCGUGUGGCCGCCACUUGGGAAGACGCAAGCGCGUGGACGCAGCAGGAUGACGUGAGAACAAACGAAUGGUCCGACACGGAAUCUGCAUCCUCAUUCGGCUCAGAGGAAGAUGCGUGGCUGGACGGCGAUGAUCCGUGGCGUCUGCAGGACGAGCGAGAGCAGAAGCAACGCGCUGAGCUCAUGUUGCUGGCAUCGUCAAAGAAGCCUGAAGUCACAGAGCUGCCGAAGCAGCCUUUGCCAGAUGAACUGCCCAUUGAAGCUUUGCGCAAGGAAAUCCUGCAGGCCGUGCGAUCUGAGCGUGUCACCAUUCUUGUUGGUGCAACGGGCUGUGGCAAGUCCACACGGCUUCCUCAGUUCUUGAUGAACGAGCCACGAGCACGGGUGCUGGUAACUCAACCACGCCGUGUAGCAGCGGUUGAGAUUGCACGACGGGUUGCUUCUGAGCGAGGCGAGGAGAUAGGCCAGAAUGUGGGCUAUCGUAUCUCGGGGGAGACGAUUCUUGGCUCCGGCAAACUGCAGUUUGCCACCAUAGGCUACGUCUUAAGCUGGUUCCUCGCCAAGCCUGAGCACUUCGGCAGCUUCACCCAUGUGGUCAUAGAUGAGGUUCACGAGAGAGCUGCGGAUAUGGAGAUGUUCCUCUUGCUCACCAAGCUCUUGAUGUACUUCUUCCGGCUGCCGAAGGUUGUCUUGAUGUCCGCCACCCUUCAGCCGGAGGAAUUCAGCAACUACUUCUCAGACUUUGUAGAUGCUGGUGAAUCCAUCUCUGUGCUGGACCCUCUGGUUCGCAAAGGUGCAACUUACAUCGGCCGUGCAAAGCAGCACACCAAAGGCAGCGUGUGCUCUGAGGCCUGGGAGAACCUUUCCAGUGCAGGAGAUCUUCCUGGAAUUGAGGAGAUGCGAAAUUUGCACUCCGUGGCAACCUGCAUCUCAUGGCUGGGAUUGCUGCUUCUGGGUUUGGCAGUCGCCGACGACUGCAUUGUGAACCAGUCCAGCUUGGCCAUUACCGCUGGUGCUUGGGCAGUCAAAGUGCAGGAUGACCUGGCAUACGUCACGGGCUACCUUUCUAAUGCGCUGGCAAUUGUUAACAUAUCAGAUCAUACCAACUUAACUAUGGUAGGUUAUGUACAAAGUGAUGACCUACUCCUGGGCCCUACCGGCUUGACCCUUGCGGGCAACUUGGCCUUCGUGGCACUGGAGCUCUCAACACUGGCGGUCGUGAAUGUUUCGGACCCGGAAAGGCCGGAAGUAAUUGGUACGGUAGACGAGUCCUCUGAAUAUCCAUAUGCGUAUGGCGUGGCAACAGAUGGCAAUUUUGUAUAUACGCUUUCAUAUGAUGCAGCUACACUACUGGUGAUAAAUGUGUCUACCCCUAGCCAGCCGCAAGUUAUUGGCAAAGUUACUGACAUGCGACUGAAGGGUGCGGGUGACCUGCUAAUCGUUGGCGACAUUGCAUGGGUGGUGUCUGCUGACUUGCCGGGUGUUGCCAUGGUAAACAUUUCUAUGCCCACGGAUCCUUUCAUCAUCACCGCCAUCCAAGAUGCAGUUUAUUUGGACGGAGCCUACGGCAUCGCAGUUCGGGGUGACCUGGCCUAUGUUGUCAGCUACUACUCCCACUCCUUGGCCAUUCUCAAUGUGUCCGAUCCACAUGAGCCAUCAUUGCUGGGUGCUCUGGCUGACACAAAAAAUCUAUACGGAGCCUAUUCGAUCACAAUCGAAGGUGACCAAGCCUAUGUGCCUUGCUUAGAUGGCGAGUCUGUUGCUGUUGUCAACAUUUCAGACGAUUUGGUGUCCGAGUAUCAGGAUCUGCUGCCAGGCACCGUGUACUCGUUGGUGGAGACCGCUGCUGAACAGUUCGAGCAAGCUUGGGAGGACGGCCAGCUCAACAGUCCGUCAGUCCUCCCAGGCCUGCCAGAACUGGCAGUGCAGCUCGUCCCGUACUUCGCCAAAGCGAACUCCACGCUGCUGGUGUUCAUGCCUGGGUUGGUGGAGCUGAGCAAUUUAUCCGCUCUGUUCACCCCUGAGGCCUUGAAAGCCUUUCCGACCUCAAAUCCGUGGGGCACGCCGUCCAGCUACCAGGUCUUCGUCUUGCACUCCAUCGUGCCACGCUCAGAGCAGGAGCUGGUCUUCAGAGCACCGACAGGUGGUAAGUGCCAUAUUGUUCUGGCCUCCAACAUUGCAGAGUCAUCCCUCACCUUGCCGGGGUCCGCGCCGCUACUCAAGUUUGAGAACGAACAGCCCAAGCUGUGCAAUGAAGGUCUUGCCGUGUUGGAGGCUCUCCCGGGACCUGUUUGUCCCAUUGCCUUCGUCGGCGACGGCCGCAGUGGAAAGUCUUUCUUAGCAUCCAAGAUAGUUGGCGAAGGCACCUUCAAAGACGAUGACUCGGAGGAUGCUGUCACUGAAGGCAUCGAUGUCGCUGCCCUGUCCUGCCAUCCUGGACAUCUGCUUGUUCUCGACUGCGAGGGUGGCAAUAACGCCAUGUCCAAGAGUCAUUCCAUUGUAACUGUGGUUGGUGCUCUCUUUGCAACCGCUUUAGUCUUCGUUACCGACGGCAAGGCCUCAGAAGCUGCCGUUGAGGCGCUGGGACGUAUGCUCGAGGAGCGGGCCCUGAUCAAAUGCGAUGGCACAGGCACCUUGCAGGCGCAAUCCCUUCUCUUCGUAGUCAAUCAGAACAGGCUAAGAUAUGGGGAAGACGCCCUCGAGAAGAUCCUAGCCGCCGACCAUGGAGAAGAGAGAAAGGAAAUUCGGACUCUGAUCAGCAAUGCCUAUCCAGAGAACCGACGACAAUUCUUUACCAUCCCAGUGGACAACAAGAGAGACUUCGAGGAGAAGUGGGAAGCAUUCCAUGCUGCAAUGCGAAAUGCCGCUGUUCCACUGAAAAUGGGCAAGCUGUGGAUGACCGGCGCGCAGGUUGUGCACAUGCUCCGCCGCGUGGAAGAGGAGCUGCGAACGCGGGGCAAGGUUAGCUUGCCUUCUUUGCAUCGGCACGUCAUCUUGGACGGCUGGCUGAAGCCAACAGUCGGACAGGUGCUUCAAUCCAGGAUGGACAAGCUCCUAGAAAACUUCUCGCAGGAGGAGUUUGCCACUCAAAAAGUUGGAAGCGUCGAUGGAAGCUGCGCAGACUGCAAAAAAUCGGCAGCUGGGUGGCUGGAUCCAGACGUCGAAGAGUUCUUCUGCGAGGACUGCUGGCGCAAGUUCUCUCCGAAGGUGCUCAAAUGCUGCUUUUGCAGCAACUUCCACCCUUGGAUCCUUGGCCGGGUCGAACGGGUGACCAA